GACAGCCUAGUGUCCGGCGCAAGGGGGCGGGCUACUGACCCAGGGUCAUCGACUGGCCUGCGAUGGCCCAGCUCCUCCUGCCAGGGACAGUGUCUGCCUCGCUCCCCGCGUCAUGUCGGGUUCCUUGUUUAUGGGAAAGCAAGGGCAAUUACCGAGCCCCACCAGCGCCCAUAAAGGGCGCUUUCCCCCCACGCGAAGUGCCCAAGGCUGUCGACCCUCCGGCCAUUGCACCAACCCAUCCAGCGCACAGAUGAAGUUCACACUCCCCGCCUUUCUCUUCCUCGCGGCCGUGGUCGCUGCGGAAUCUGUCCUCGACUAUAGCGACGGAAUUCCUCUCUGCUGCAGCAACACCGACAAGAUCGAAGAAGCCGGCGACGAUGUCAUCCAGCAAGUCACCAGUGCGUUUGUCGGGGCGGGCGGCGGUGCCUGGGACUUGGGUGAUCGGGUUGCUGGAGAAUGUGUGCCCGCAUUCCCGACGGACUGGAGCUACGAGCGUGCGAACUGCACCGAUGGGCUGAAGCCUGUCUAUUGCAAGAAGCAUGCGCACUGGACUUUGACCUUGAAUGGGACUUCGGUGUCCCGCAACGUUCACGGCCAGUGUCACCUGUAAGGGACCGGUCGACUUUGCGAGGCGGAGUAAAACGAGUCCUUGCACUCCUUGCUUGGAAACAUGUGCAUAAAGAUGCUUAUCAAUAUUAUGCAUGAUGAAAAUCAUUUCCCGAUGCUCGAGAUACUAUGGAAGCUGCGUAGGAAACCACCCGCCGAUAAAAGGAGAGGGAGCCAAUCAGCGGGCGAUCAGAGAUAAGAUAAGCAGGCCGACAGCGGAUCCCCCCGUCCAAUCAGAGGAGACUCAAUCAUCUAUGCGAUAAGCCCAGCAUCUGGUCUUUUGCCUGGAAAACAA